AAUGAACCUUUUUUAACCAAAAAAUUACAGAAUAACCUUAACAAAUGGUCAGACUUAAGUUAUUAAUUCUACAUCAGUUCAACUCAAAUAAAAUGUUUCUAAAAUUGAUAAUACUAUACCAUAUGAAUUUAUGAUGCUUGUCAAUGAUAACAUCAAUCACGUUUUCCAAUGUAGUUAGGAUUAUGAUAGAUAAAAUCAAAAUAACGAAUUAUAUAAUCUGAGAAUAAUAGAUAUGUAAUAGGUCUAUAUUGAGAAUGUAUAAUUAAAAGCUAGAUAUUAAGAAUAUGAAAAUUAGAUAAAUUAAUUAAGUCAAUAAAAUUAGGAGACAUCAAAUAACUAUAAAGAUGAAAUCACAAAAAAUUAAAACCUUUAAAAUUUAUUAUAUGAAAUAAACAUAAAGGUUUAAGAGUUGGAGUAAAUGUAAGAAGAAAAUACUCAAAGCCAAAUCAUAGGUUAGAAAAAUGUGGAUGAAAAAAUAUAAUAGAAGAAUAAAGUAUUAUAAUAAAAGGAGGAAUAAAUUAAAAAGUUAAAUGAGGAGAUCACCAAUAACUUAAACACAAUUUAAAUACUUAAAGAUAAAUUAUAGAAAAAAGAUGAAUAAUUGAAACUAACAAAUUAAGAACUAGAAAAGAUAAAAUGGGAUUUAACUAGUAAAAAUUAAGAAUUGUAAAAUUAAAUUACUAAUCUAUAAAAUAAUAAUAGUAGUCUAUAAUUUAAGAAUACUGAGCUAUAAAAUUAUAUCAACAAUUAGAUAGGUAAUUUGGAAAAAGAUAAGGGUAAUUUAUAAUAAUAAUCAUAUUAUUACUAUUAGAGCUUCCUAGAUUUAACUCAAUAAUUAUCAGAUAUAAAAAUUACUUUAGAAUAAAAGGAUUAAUAGAUAAAAAAAUUUUAGAUUGAUAUGAAAAUAUAGAAAGAAAAUUAUGAAUCUUUAAAAUAGAAAAAGGAUGAUGAAGAUCAAAUAUACAAAAGAUCACUUGAAAGGCAAUAAUCCUAACAUUCAAUUGAAAUCUCUGAUUUAAAAUCAUAAAUUAAUAACUUAAAUAUUUUUUUAAGAAAUAGCCAAUAAGAUAUUAAAGAUUAAGAAAAAUAAAUAAAAGAUUUGAAGAGGAAAAUAAAAGAUUAAGAUCUAAUGAAUUUUUGUGCUGAAAUUUUACCAACCAGAAGCAGUAUCUAUGAAGGUAUGUCAACAUUAAGAUCAACUUAAUUCAGAUGA